UAUCAUUAUCAGUCCCUCUCCGCCUGAUGCUGUGACAGUAUCACAAGUCAAAAGUGAUGCGCUUGCAAAACAAAUUAACAUAAGAAGUUUGACAAAUCAUGUGAAAUAAGCAGAAACUCUUAUACGAUUGACCAAAAUUUGUAAGCGGUUGUGAAUUCUGUGUGAUUGAAAUUUCAUUUGUUUAUUGUGUGGGUAGAAAAAUUAUUUACAAUGGCGCAAGUUGCUGAAAAAGUUCAAGCUGAAAGUGUUGAUGAUGGCACGACUUCAUUUGUUGGCAGCAUAAUAAAUGAUAUAGUGUACAGUCCCCUGAAUUUGAUUCUCCUGUCCAUAUGUAUUUACUUGAUGUACAAACUAUUUUUUAGUAAAAAAGCAGAUGAUACACCCUCUUCGCCACCCAUUCCUCGACUCCCGCCAAUGAAAAAAAGAGACAUGACUAUAGAAGAUCUUAGGAAGUACGACGGAACGAAUGAGGAAGGAAGAGUUUGUGUUGCUGUGAAUGGGAAAAUUUUUGAUGUGACUAAAGGAAAACAUUUUUAUGGACCAGGAGGACCUUAUGCUGCCUUUGCCGGGCGAGAUGCUUCACGUGGUCUAGCAACAUUUUCCGUUGAAGUUACCAAUGAAGGUUAUGAUGAUUUAUCAGAUCUAAAUUCCAUGCAGAUGGACAGUGUUAGAGAAUGGGAAAUUCAAUUUCAAGAAAAGUAUCAUUAUGUGGGCCGUCUGUUAAAACCCAAUGAAGAGCCAACUGAUUAUUCAGAUGAAGACGAUGCAAGUCAAGAUCAGAGUACACAAUCACCUACACAGUCUUCCAAAAAAAAUGAGUAAAGUGGUUUUGUAAUAAACUGUUUUGCUCAUGAUCAUAUGACUUGACCUGAAAUGAAUAGCUGUAAAGGUGUUUUCUUUUUUUUUUUUUUAAUCACCGUGAUGGAUUAUUAUUAAAUGCAGCUUAAAUAUGCUCUGUAACUUGUUGUGUUUCAAUAUCUUUUGUAAUUGUGUUUUUUUUUAUGUUGUACAUUUUGCAUUUCACUUUUGUAAUGAUAGUUUUAUACUUUUUCUAUGAAUUGAAUUGUUAAGUAUAGUACCAGGUAUGUUUAUUUGUUUGAAAUGUAUUAUUCCAUUAUAGUCAUCUGAAUGUAUCGAAGUAGUCCAUAAAGUUAGAUGAAUUAUUUUUAAUUUUAACAAUACAUUUUUUAAUUUAAUUUUAGAUUUCAGAUUAAAGUGAUAAGCAUUCAGUGUUUCUUGUUAACUGUUAUGAGUUUUUUUCGUGUUAGCAUGCACUAAUGAUAAUAGCAGUUGCUGCAAAUAAACACUGUUACUGUUAUUAUGAAAAUAUGUGUAUAUAAUAUUUAAUGCUUGAUGCUGAAGGAAAAUUUUCAACUAACUUAUUAAUAUUAAGAAUUUGAAUUUCAUUUUGAAUGAAAAUUUAGAGUUAGCCUACAUGAAUUUAUGAAGUUGUAAAUAAUAUUUAAUAUCAUUACUGUAUUAAAAUUAUUCACUAUAAUUGUAAAAUGUGAAAAUUCAGAUUUUGAGAUGUGCCUUAUAUCAGUUUGAUGUUAUGGAAAGUGCCAGCUCUUUUAAUAAAAAUGUGCCUGAAGAAUUUUACUGUUUAAUGAAGGAGCUGGGGAAGUUGCCAGUUAUUUAUAAUUAAAAACAAAUUUUUAUUUAUAUUCUUGUCAAUUUCUUAGUAGUAAGAUUUUCAAUAAUUCCACAUAUUUUUUUACUGCUACUUAGGAAAGGGAUUUAUUUUGCCGAAACCAGUUUUUUAUAUUCUCAAAAGUUGGACAAGCAUUUAAAAAAUUGCUUCUGUUAGGUUUUCUUUCUUUUUUUUUUGCUUGCUAUUAUAAUUUUAUAUAAAUAACUUUCUUUGAUAUAAUGAAAAAUAAUCCAUAUUCAAUAUUUGUUAAAUAAUGUUAAUAAAAUUCAUUGUAUUUUACAAGCCCUUUUUUUUUUUCUUCUAUAUUCUACAUUGAUUGGUUAUAUUAAAGUAUAUAGAUUAAAUAGAUAUUUUAUGUUUGGAAUUAGAUUCUUGUUAAUGUCUGUGCUAGAAUUAGAGGAAUUAAAAACAUUUUUUUUAAAUAAAAAUUUAUUUUUGUCUUAAUAUUCUACUUAUAAAGCUAAAAUUGAGUGCAAUUGUUUCUAUGUGUAGCACAUUUUUCGAAAAAUUUCAUUUUCUAAAGAAACAUCUUACUUUUUUAGCUUACGGUUUAUGCUCCUUUUUAUAUUUGACUUCACUUAGAAGAAUUAAAUAAUAUAAAGUGUAAGCUUGAAAAUCAUUUCACUCAGAUGGUUGUACCUGAUUUGUAAUUACCAUCUGAAACGUUUUUUUUUUUUUUUUAUCUGGCAUGUUAUUUUUUAUAUUAUGAAGCAGUAUUGACAUAUACAACUUUUAUCUUAACUUUUAAAUUUAUAUUUAAUGAAUAUGCAAUAAAUUUUUUUAAAUAA